CAGACGAGGAAAAUGUCAUUAUGGCGUCUCGGCGCAGUGCGCUAUCCUCAUUUUUACCGAUAAGUACUGGCGCAAAUGAACCACACAGGGAGUUAUUUGAAGCCUGUAGAAACGGAGAUAUCACAAGGGUGAAAAAGCUGGCGAAUCCCACCAACGUAAAUGCGAGGGAUACGGCAGGAAGGAAGAGUUCUCCUCUCCAUUUUGCAGCAGGAUUUGGUCGCAAGGAUGUAGUGGAGUUCCUUCUGCAGAAUGGGGCCAACGUGCAUUCACGAGACGAUGGCGGACUGAUCCCCCUCCACAAUGCCUGCUCCUUUGGCCAUGCAGAGGUCGUGACCCUACUGCUCAGGCACGGAGCCGAUGCCAAUGCGAGGGAUAACUGGAACUAUACCCCCCUUCACGAGGCGGCCAUCAAGGGCAAGAUUGACGUCUGCAUUGUUUUGCUUCAAAAUGGUGCUGACCCCAACAUCAGGAACACAGAUGGCAAGACGGCUCUGGACCUUGCCGACCCGCCUGCCAAACAGGUCCUGACUGGGGAAUACAAGAAAGACGAGCUACUGGAAGCCUCACGCAGCGGCAAUGAGGAGAAACUCAUGGGGCUUAUUACCCCUCUCAAUGUCAACGGUCAUGCUAGUGACGGCAGAAGGUCUACUCCUCUUCAUCUUGCUGCUGGCUAUAAUCGUGUCUCCAUUGUCCAGCUGCUACUGCAGCAUGGUGCUGACGUCCAUGCCAAAGACAAAGGCGGUCUGGUGCCGUUGCACAACGCAUGCUCCUAUGGCCACUUUGAGGUGACAGAGUUACUUAUUAAGCAUGGUGCUAAUGUCAACGCAAUGGACUUGUGGAAGUUUACACCACUGCACGAGGCUGCCUCCAAAACAAGGCUGGAGGUGUGUUCCCUCCUGAUGAGCCAUGGGGCAGAUCCCAACAUUGUCAACUGUCAUUCCAAGAGUGCAAUCGAUGUCACGCCGACGAAGGAACUCAAGGAGAUGUUGCAAUAUGAAUUUCGAGGCAAUGCAAUCCUAGAGGCUUGCAGGCAAGCCGACAUGACGCGAGUCAAGAAACAAAUUGCCCCCGACUUGGUCAACUUCAAGAACCCUCAGACUCUAGACAGUCCCCUGCACUGUACAGCAGGGUCUGUCUUUCCCAAGAGAAGACAAGUUGCGGAAUUACUCAUCAAGAAAGGUGCUAACAUACAGCAUAAGAACAAUGAAGGUCUGACACCAUUGCAUGUUGCAACAGAGAAGGGCUAUGUGGAUGUCAUGGAACUCUUACUCGAAAAUAGUGCCAAGGUGAAUUCAACGGACAACAUGGGCCAGACACCACUCCAUCGAGCUGCCCGGGAGGAUAUCCCAGAAGCCUGUCGUCUCUUGCUGUCCUACGGUGCAGACACCACGGUGUUAUCGUUGCAAGGGUUCACCCCGGUACAACUGGCUUCCGAGGGCGUGCAGAAAAUCAUACAGGUUGAACAAAGGUUGAAUGCGGUGGAUGAGAGCACUGAGUUUUUGGAAUUCUCCAAGGCAGGCGACUUGGAUAACAUACAGUCACUCGUGUCCAGAAACCCACAUAUUGUGAACUGUCGAGACAAGGAGGGAAGGCACUCCACGCCCCUGCAUUUUGCAGCAGGCUACAACCGGGUCGCCGUGGUGGAUUACUUACUGCAGCAUGGGGCUUACGUCCACGCCAAAGACAAAGGUGGUCUAGUUCCCCUACACAAUGCCUGUUCCUUUGGCCACUAUGAGGUAUCGGAGCUACUGAUCAAGCAUGGUGCCGUGGUCAACGCGGCCGAUCUCUGGAAGUUCACCCCGCUACAUGAGGCAGCCGCCAAGGGCAAAUAUGAGAUCUGUAAACUACUACUUAAGCACGGUGCAGAUCCAGAGAAGAAGAACCGCGACGGCCACACGGCGUUAGACCUGGUCAAGGAAGGUGACCAGGACGUUCAGGACCUGCUGAGGGGGGACGCUGCCCUGCUGGAGGCUGCCAAGAAGGGCAAUCUGGCCAGGGUCCAGAAACUGGUCACUCCUGAUAACAUCAACUGCAGGGACUCCCAGGGAAGGAACUCUACCCCAUUACACUUGGCAGCUGGGUACAACAAUGUGGAGGUUGCAGACUACUUAUUAGAACAUGGUGCUGAUGUGAACGCCAGAGACAAAGGCGGACUGAUACCACUGCAUAAUGCCUCAUCCUAUGGGCACUUGGAUAUUGCCUCGUUACUUAUCAAGCACAACACCUGCGUUAAUGCUGUGGAUAGGUGGAACUUCACACCCCUACAUGAAGCAGCCCAGAAGGGCAGAACACAACUCUGUGCUUUAUUGCUUGCCCAUGGUGCUGACCCUGCCAUGACCAAUCAAGAGGGCCAAACGCCUCUGGACCUUGCCACGGCCGAUGACGUCCGUUCACUCCUCCUCGACGCCAUGCCCCAGGGCGCCACUCUCACAGCGUCCGCCAGGGGCCACUCCCCACCGGCGCCCAUCAACACCAGUUCCCUGGUUCCCGCCCCGUCAACCCGCAGGCCCGGCACCGGGCUGGCGUCGGAUGACAUGGAUGGUCCCCAGGGGGCAGUUGGAGGCGUUGGGGUGGGCGCGUUUGCCCCGGUGAAGCAGGCUGUGGUGUCGACGUCGCAGACUGGGGACGGGGCGGCAGAUAGCGGGUCAGUGGAAGGACCAGGGAACCCCAUGGACAUCAGCAUUGGUAGCUUCUUGAGAGGGAUUCAGCUGGACCACCUCAGAGACAUCUUUGAGAAGGAGCUGAUCUCCAUGGAUGUCUUAGUGGACAUGGGCCAUGAGGAGCUGAAGGAGAUUGGCAUCAACGCCUACGGACACCGCCACAAGGUCAUCAAAGGCAUGGAGAGGCUAAUGGGGGGUCACAUCACCCCCAACCCCCACCUGAGUGUCCACGGCAACCAGGGAUCUAUACUCAUUGACCUGGCACUGGAUGAUAAGGAGUACCAGUCGGUGGCCGUGGAGAUGCAGAACACGGUCCGGGAGCACCGAGACAACGGCCAGGCCGGCGGCAUCUUCAGCAGGUACAACCUCAUCAAGAUCCAGAAAGUCCGGAACAAGAAGCUGUGGGAACGCUACCUGCACCGCAAGAAGGAGGUGGCCGAUGAGAACCACGCCCACGACAAUGAGAGGAUGCUGUUCCAUGGGUCACCUUUCAUCAACGCCAUUGUCAACAAAGGUUUUGACGAGCGCCACGCCUACAUCGGGGGCAUGUUUGGUGCCGGCAUCUACUUCGCUGAAGACUCCUCUAAGAGCAACCAGUACGUUUACGGGAUAGGAGGAGGUACAGGAUGCCCCGCCCACAAAGACCGGUCCUGCUAUAUCUGCCAUAGGCAAAUUGUUUACUGUCGAGUGACAUUAGGCAAAGCGUUCCUACAGUUCAGUGCAAUGAAGAUGGCCCAUGCCCCUCCUGGUCAUCACUCCGUCAUUGGAAGACCCAGUUCUGGUGGUCUAGCUUACUCAGAGUAUGUCAUAUACCGGGGCGAGCAGGCGUAUCCAGAGUACCUCCUCACAUUUCAGAUCGUCAAGCCAGAUGCGCCCGAGAAAUGACCCUUGACCCCGUGAGCAACAGUCCAUCCGAACUGUUGUCAACUUUUGCUUUAACUCACGCCAUAACAUUUCAGCAGUAUUCCCGCCAUCGCUUUGCUUGACUUUGGACGGAUUCUAGAUCACCACUGUUAAUGACCUCAUGAUGAUCGUCACCCGGAUGACCGUCACACUGGAUGACCCGUCACCCCUGUUGACCUGUCACCCCGGAUGACCUGUCACCCGGAUGACCCGUCAACCCAGAUGACCUGUCACCCCAGAUGACCCGUCACCUCAGAUGACCCGUCACCCCAGAUGACCCGUCACCUUAGAUGACCCGUCACCUCAGAUGACCCGUCACCCCAGAUGACCCGUCACCCCAGAUGACCCGUCACCCCAGAUGGCCCGUCACCCCAGAUGGCCUGUCACCUUAGACAAUCUGUCACCCCAGAUGACUUGUCACCCCAUAUGACCUGCACUGGACCCCAGAUGACCCGCACCGGACCCCAGACGACCCGUCAUCCGUUGACUAUUCUUUUUACCCUUAUUUCUUUUAGUUUGUGGACACAAAGAAGCAAAAGCAACAACUAUUCUAUGCAACCACAAAGUAAUUCAACUACCAACUUGAACAAGACCUCAUUCAAAUGUGAUUGUAUUUUUCAUUCAAGCAAAUUUUUUUUAAACAACAAAUUUGGGUAGUCUGUUAUUUUGACAUGUUGAUUGUUCAUUGUGAACGAGGUGUCUAUUAUUGUGGUAGUGUGUAGUUUGUGUGGAACAAUGUUCUGUUAUUUCUUCAGAAGAUAAAGAAACAACAUACAAUUCUGGCGGUGUAUGGAUGUGACCAAAAAUUCUUUUUUGAUUUGGUGACUGAAUUGCUAGUCACAUGAUACAAAGCACGUAGACAAUUGGUUACAAUUUGAAAAUUGUAAUUUGAAAAUUGUAAUUUCAUCGGUGGCUAAAAUGUGGAGUUCAGAUUUUGAGGGAAGGAGUCGCAGUGUGUUCAUUGAUGAUCUGGUGUCUGUAUUGUGUGCAAUUUGGUGCUAUGUUUAAUUCACAUUGGUUAUGGGUGGUGACAUUUUGACUCCAUUGAUAUCUGGUCUGUGAAUACUCGGCCAGUCACAUUCCAUUGUUCUCGGCAGCUUGUUUGUAUUCAUUCAUUGGGUUUAUGUGAUUGGUGUAAACUUGGCGACGUAAACUGCUUAAUGUGGGCAAAAUAACAUGGUAAGGAUGCUUACAUAUUUGGGUUGCCCGUUGGUUGCCCGUUGGUUGCCCGUUGGUUGCCCGUUUGGUAUGUCAUCACACUGAGGUAAUAUGAUCUAUUGGCAUCAGCAUUACCGUGUAUUGUUAUAUCUUGUGCUUGGAUACUGUAAUUUCAUUGGUCGAGAACAGCCACGUGUCUAAUUUUCAAAAAUGCAUGUACAAUCUCAAACCUCAUAUACAAUGCGCCUUGCACACUCGCGUGUAGAACCUGCACGCACGCGACUGAGCUGCAUGAAAUGCAUGCCGACCACACUUGGUCUCGAUCUCAUGUCCGGCAGGUAAGCCUGCAGUUUAUCAAGAGUUACACCGCACUGAUUUCAUUUUGUUUUAAAGUCAACAACUUGUUCCAUUAAUAUAAAACUCUAACUUUCACAAUUUGUUUUGCCAAGUAUGCUUUUGAAAAACAUCAUGGAGUUGAUAGAAGGUUGAGCCCCAAAAAUGAAGAUUUUUGGUGUACAUCUGAUAUGAGCAAGUGAAAAGAUUUUUGAAUGUUUGUCCGACACUGGCAACAUUUUCAAGAAAAGUGGUAAUUUCGUCUCAUUUUCCAGUCUGAAGCUUAGUGGGAAUUCGACGGAUUUUCAGUGACACAGACUACGGAAAAUACACAGUAAUCGUUUUUUAAAUCACCCAAAUAACUGAUGUUAAUAAUUUGUGUUUUAUAUUGUAAAUAAUCAAGUGUAGCAUAAUCGAAAUGAAAAACCCACUUAAUUUAUUGGUUGUUAUACUGUACAUGGCACAAACAGCAUGAUUUGUCGUGUGUUGGCCUUGCAGUAAGAGAUUGAUGUGUGAUAAUUAAACUGAAUAAGGCAAAGUGUUCUAAAGCUA